AUGACUUACUCACACUGCUCCAGACAGUAUGACCGUCUGGCUAUCAUGUACUUCAACUCGACAGAAUUAUGGCGAACAUCUACCGCCGAGCCAACCCAAGAUGGAAUCUUCUACACAUACAACAAGGAGAUGCACCAGUACCUACCGCUGUGGAAGGAACCACAAAAGAUCAUAUUCGAUUUGGGAAAUAUUGUCAACUCGGAGUACACGGGAAUCUUGAAUACUACCUUGACAGCCACAUUUUUCACAGUUCCAGACACCCCUGCUGCAGCGGAUAAGAUUUUGCCAAUCUCUCGCCUGCUUGGAGCCAGCAAUUCCAGCAGUGUCGCUGUGCUGCCCGGUGAGGAUACUGCUGUAUCCUACACUUUACCUCGGAAUCUUAAGCGAGCAGUGAUCAGUAUCUCUGCUUGUGGACAGGCCGACGAGGAGUUUUGGUAUCAAAAUGUUUUCUCAUCUGAUACCGAUACCUUUGUCGAUGUUUCUCCGGUCCUGUAUGGGGAUGGACCAUGGCGGGAAGUCCAGGUCCUCAUUGACGGAAUGCUUGCUGGUGUGUCGUGGCCAUUCCCGGUCAUCUUUACUGGAGGAAUUGUUCCUGGAUUCUGGAAACCGAUCGUGGGUAUCGAUGCAUUCGAUCUACGAGAGCAUGAGAUUGACAUUACACCCUUCGUCCCGUACCUCUCCGAUGGAAAGCCUCAUACUUUUGAUCUGGUCGUUGUUAGCGUCAAUGACCACGGUGGAGAAUAUGCAACCAUAGCAAACACGACGACUGAUUCUUGGUAUGUCACUGGGAAAAUCUUCCUGUUCGAGGACGAAGCAGGCCACAUUACUACAGGCUCCAUGCCAGUUAUCAAAGACCCGCUUCCUUCGCUACACAUCACGCGCUCUGUCUCAACCAAUUCUACCGGCACGAACGAGACGCUCACAGAGACGACGACUGCAAAGCGAUCGCUGCUUAUCACCAGCCGACUUAAGACAUCCAGCGGGGAGAAGGAGGUCUCUUGGAGCCAAGACAUUUCUUACGAAAACUUCAAUCAACUUUUAGAUUUCGGGUGGUUUCAAAAGACCAUCCAAAAGACCACUGGAAUCGAUAAAACGGGAUCCAGUAUUGGAUAUUCUCUUUCAUAUGAAUACCCUUUCAACUGCGACUGGUGGUAUUUUGAAACAGGGGAGGAACUUGGUAUUUACGGGAACAUCAGCCGGUCGCUCACUUUUGAUGUGCUGGGUCCAUCCGUAUUCCCUAAUGGUGUCCAGGCAUCAGUACUGGAUGCAUCGGCUGAAAAGGAUGGGUCGGAGUUUUCAAAGGUUGAAAAAUCACUUGACGGUGUUAGCUUUGGUUCUAGUUUGCGAACGACGCAAGCAGGUACUGCGUCCUACUACAGUGAUGACCUGACAACGACAAAUCCGAUCUAUAAUUUCGGAAGCCUCAACCAGACAAUGAGCUUCCAGGGUGUUGGUACCGAUGGAAGCGUCGAGAUUUACAGUCGGAAUGUUGGUGUGGUAAACAGUACUGUCACUCACGAUCAGACGCUGUUUGAACUUGGAAAAUCCUCGAAAUAG